AUGGUCAUGAAGCGUGCUAUUCCAAAAACAUUAUGGGGCACUAUGUUCGAUAAGGUGAUUACGGCUAAGGGUUUCCUUAAGGAUUUUGAGAAGAGGUCUGCCAAGAAUGAAAAGGAUGAAACAAGUACACUUUUUGCAAACCUUGUCUCAGAAGAGAAAAGAUUGAAGCAUAAGAAGACAGAAAGUGCUCAUUUGGCCACCAUCUCUAAGGACAAAAGAAACAAGAAAAUGAAGAUUAAUAAGGAAAUUGUGGGUACAACACUGCAAAAGAAACAACAUAAGGAACCAACUGAAUAUGGUUAUUUCUUCUGUGGAGCUGCAGCAUGUUUGCACCAGUCCUUCAAUCAACGCCCCGGAUCGGCCGGCCCUUUGCGUUCUCGCCGUUUAUCUGUCAUCCGCGCCGGCUCUUACGCCGAUGAGCUCCUUAAAACCGCUAAAUCAAUUGCAUCCCCAGGUCGGGGUAUCCUUGCCAUCGACGAAUCGAAUGCAACAUGUGGGAAAAGGUUGGCAUCCAUUGGACUUGACAACACAGAAACAAACAGACAGGCUUAUAGACAACUUCUGCUGACCACUCCUGGCCUUGGUGACUAUAUUUCUGGUGCCAUUCUCUUCGAGGAGACACUUUACCAGUCAACUACAGAUGGAAAGAAGUUUGUGGACUGUUUGCGAGAUGAGAAUAUUGUACCCGGUAUCAAAGUUGAUAAGGGCUUGGUUCCGCUACCAGGAUCGAACAAUGAAUCUUGGUGCCAGGGGCUAGAUGGACUGGCUUCUAGAUCUGCUGAAUACUAUAAGCAAGGGGCUCGUUUUGCAAAAUGGAGAACUGUUGUUAGCAUACCAUGUGGUCCUUCUGCUUUGGCUGUUAAAGAAGCAGCAUGGGGUCUUGCUCGUUAUGCUGCUAUUUCUCAGGACAAUGGUCUUGUGCCCAUUGUAGAACCUGAAAUUCUUCUGGAUGGAGACCACUCAAUUGAGAGGACACUUGAAGUGGCAGAGCGUGGGUGGUCAGAAGUCUUCUACUACUUGGCAGAGAACAAUGUCGUCUUUGAAGGCAUUCUACUUAAACCUAGCAUGGUAACUCCAGGCGCUGAACACAAAGAGAAGGCCUCUCCAGAGACCAUUGCCAAAUAUACACUCACCAUGCUUAAAAGAAGAGUGCCUCCGGCAGUUCCUGGAAUCAUGUUCUUGUCAGGAGGACAAUCUGAAGUAGAGGCGACAUUGAACCUCAAUGCAAUGAACAAGAGCCCCAAUCCUUGGCAUGUCUCUUUCUCCUAUGCACGAGCACUUCAAAACACCGUGCUUAAGACAUGGCAAGGACGCCCAGAGAACCUAGAAGCUGCACAGAAAUCACUUUUGGUGCGUGCAAAGGCGAAUUCCUUGGCACAGCUUGGAAAGUACUCAGCUGAAGGUGAGAGCGAGGAAGCUAAGAAGGGAAUGUUUGUUAAGGGCUACACAUACUAAGUGCCAGGUUAAUUCACAAGUCAACCCGAUAUGGUCGAGUAAUUUUGAUUAGUGCUUAGUUUCUCUCUUGUUAGGAAGCAAUGGAAAAGCCCGUCGCUCUAUUAUUUCCUUAUUUAAUAUAAUGCGGUUGAAUAAUAAAUAAGAUGUGAGAAGGAUUUAUCUGAAUUUCCACCCUUGAUAGGGUGGAUUUAGUUAGGUGCUAGUUGACCAUCUUGAUGUAAUCUUAUUUUGAAGUACUUGGAUGCUGAUCAGAGGCCAUCUUGAUAGGGUGAUCUGAAAGUUGUUUGAAUUAUUGUGUAAUUGUGAUCUUUGUUUGCCUUUAUAUUGAAAAAUUUUGUGGUCGUUA